AUGCAGGACGCGCUGGACCCCCUUCGCCAGUACGCACACGACAAGAUCGGACGCCAUUCCCAAGCGAGGGACGCCAAGACCUUGGAGGUGUUCAAGGCCGCGAAGCUCACGGACUUCACGUUCAUGAAAGGCAGGAAGUACUCCGAUGACACCAUUCGCACCCUCAAGGUGCUCCCGUUCGUCAAGAAGAAGAUGGUCAGGGGGCUGUUGAAGGAGAAGGAAGACUUCUACAUGGCGGCCAGUGACACAGAAGCCGAGUACGGCCACAUGGCUUUCUGGAACGACAACAAGAAGAAGCUCCCUACGUGGCACGCCUUGGUGUUGGAUGUUGCUCUCUUGCAACCAUCCUCUGCGUUCAUGGAACGAGUGUUUUCCAUCCUGCGGUGUUGCUUUAAUGAGCGACAAGAGCACGUGUACAGCGACCGUAUUUGCGCUUCAGUACUGCUCAAGUACAACAGGGGCCGGGCCCAGAGUAGCUCAGCAGAGAUGGGGGGUGGCGCCGAAGAUGCCAACAACGGCGGCGGUAGCGACGAAGAAAGCGAUGACAGCAGCGAUGAAGACAGCGACUGA